AUGUCCAAGAAAUACAUUGUCGCCAAACUCCUCCGUAACCUUCAGAACUCACGGGUCAAUCUCUUUUCAUUCUUCUGGCGUACAGCACUGCCACCCCUCGAACAUCCGGAACUUAUUCCCACUCUCCACCCAGAGCUCAUAAUCGCAUCUCCAUUUGUCGCAGCACUGCGCACUGGUUGCCAGCAUCUUAAAGACUUCCACACCACUCACUUUCGCAAAAUUUGCCAAAUCAAUCCGCCCUUAUCUAACCAUGUCCCAACGCUUACACUAACUCAAUGGAAAAAAAUUGGGAUUUUCCCAUACACCAGUCUGUACGAAACAUUUGAUACCGCGCACUACAUCAAUCCUUGUCCUGUAGCUCACACCUCCAUCACAUCGCUCCCACAACCUUCCCGUCUCCAAUGUGCGCCCUUUGCAUCAAUGGCAUUGAUAGCAUAG